AUGGGGAUCCUCAUAUGGCAUGAUUUAAGUCGCAACAUCUCCCUCACAGCGAGCCUUUAUGCAGUAUGGGCUGGUCUCUGGGGCAUUUUCUUUCGCAAGUUCUUCUGGGAUUUCAUUGGUGGCAUCUUACGUGCUCCUGGCGGCCUGCAACCAUCGCCUAAGGCGGCGGUCUUCAUCACUGUUAUUGUCAAAUACCCUAUCCUGCAAGCAAUAACAAUGAUCCUUGGAUUUAUCAUGGUCGCGCUGGAGUAUCCUGCGCCCAUCCUUAAAGGGACUUCCGUCCAUAGGAGCUUUGGACUCAGAGUGGUGUUACUUACGAUACAAGCAUCCGUUGCGAUAUUUUUCUACCAAGGUACAAAUGCAGCGUUGUGGUCGUUGAUCGCUGCCAUGACAUAUAUCCGUGCACUAACAUUGGGAGAGACUAUAGAGGGGUUCAAGGGAGAUACCCACUGCCAUUGA